AUCCCAAGCCCAUCAAUCAGAUUAACCAGGCUCUUUAUCGCAUACAGCAUUGCCGUACCCCGCCAUGUCCAUGCCCUGUGAACACUAAUUACAUACUUGUACUGCUGAUACACUGAUCUCUAUGAGCCUGACCAACCAACAACCCUCCAGCUCGGGUCCAUUGACAGCAUCAUCUUCCAGGCCUGCCGUGGCCACCAGUACUGUCUCUCAGAGUUUGGUGUUGAAAAGGAGUCUGCAGGCUGCGGUCGAUGGUAAUAUUGCCACUUCUGUUUGAUACUGUCUUCUUGCCUUUCCGUUGGGUUUAUUUUGAUCCGGAAGCAUGUCCGGGAGUUGUUGACGGGUCUUUAAUUGUAUAAUUCUUGCAUCUCUGUUUUUAUUAUUAUUUUUCUUUCUUCUAUAUUUCAUGGUGAUUGUUUCUGUCUAUCAUGUUUAACCGCAAUUUUCCUCCUUUCAACUCCUUUGGCGGGUUUUAUCCUCGUGGUAACGAUUCCCCCUCUAAUGUUUUGCGGGUUGCAUUGAUUUCUAAUAAAAGCAUAGAUACAAGAAGACCGGCUGGAACUGGGUAUACCAGUAAGGUCCGUGUACGCGACAAAUACCACAUUGUUGGUUUCAUCAGCAGUGGUACAUAUGGCCGAGUAUACAAAGCCCUGGCGAAAGAUGGCCGGAGGGGCGAAUUCGCCAUCAAGAAGUUCAAACCGGAAAAAGAAGGCGAAGCCAUCCAAUACACCGGCCUCUCCCAAUCUGCCAUCCGGGAAAUGUCCCUAUGCUCCGAACUAGACCACCCCAACGUGGUGCAACUAGCAGAAAUCAUCCUCGAAGACAAAUGCAUCUUCAUGGUCUUCGAAUACACAGACCACGACCUCCUCCAAAUCAUCCACCACCACACCACCCCCCAAAGACACGCCAUCUCAGCCCCAAUGGUCCGCUCAAUCCUCUUUCAACUCCUAAACGGCCUCUACUACCUCCACACAAACUGGGUCCUGCACCGCGACCUCAAACCAGCUAAUAUCCUAGUAACCUCCAGCGGCGCAAUUCGUAUCGGCGAUCUGGGCCUCGCCCGCCUCUUCUAUAAACCCCUUAACUCCCUCUUCUCGGGAGACAAGGUCGUUGUCACGAUCUGGUACCGUGCCCCUGAACUCCUCAUGGGAAGCCGCCAUUACACACCCGCAGUCGACCUGUGGGCUGUGGGUUGUAUCUUCGCAGAACUCCUCUCCCUCCGCCCCAUAUUCAAAGGCGAAGAAGCAAAAAUGGACAGCAAAAAGACCGUCCCUUUCCAGCGUAACCAGAUGAUGCGCAUCAUCGAAAUCAUGGGCAUGCCCCGCAAAGAAACCUGGCCCGGCAUCGUCUCCAUGCCGGAAUACUCCCAACUCCAAUCCCUCGCGCUCUCACGCGCCUCAUCGGGCCACCACUUCUCCCGCCCACCGAGCCUCGAAUCCUGGUACACGAACUGUCUCAAGAACGGCGGCUACUCGUCAACCUCUAGCAUCGGGACCCCAGGUGCAGAGGGCCUAGACCUUCUCUCUCGUCUUCUCGAAUAUGAUCCUACGAAACGCAUUACUGCGCAGGAAGCACUUGAGCAUCCGUACUUUAAGGAGGGGGGACAUGUUUCUGCGGAUUGUUUCCAGGGUCUGGAGGGACGGUAUCCGCAUCGGAGGGUUACGCAGGAUGAUGGGGAUAUUAGGAGUGGUUCGUUGCCGGGGACGAAGAGGAGUGGGUUGCCGGAUGAUAGUUUGUUGGGGAGGGCGGCGAAGAGACUUAAGGAGUAA